CUUAUUGUCGCAACCUCUUUUCUUCUAGGGUUCUUGGCUCCUUGAAUUCCCUCGGAUCCGCCCUCCUCCGACCUCUCCUCCGCCGACGCCGAGAUGUCUCACGGCGGUGCCGCCCCCCUCCACCACUCCUCCCAGUCGGACAUUGACGAGAUCGAGAACCUCAUCAACGACAGCGUCCAGUCCGGCCCCGCUACCGUCCUUCCCGCCUGUCCACCCAGCCCUCCCCGCGCCUCCAUCCCCGUCUCCUCCUUCCCCUUCGUCCCCUCCGCCCUCCCCCCGCUACCCUUCUCCAACAAGAAGCCGCCGCCGGCUCCCCCGCCGCAUUUCGCUGUCCCGUCCUUCUCUGCCGGAUCCUCCCCCCAGGGAAUUGCCGCCGAUGGAUUUGGGCCGCCCGCCAACACGCUGACGGAGCCCAUCCGGGACACCGUCAAGAGGGAUCUCACUCGGAUAGCGACCAACCUGAAGCUGGUGGUGUUCCCGAACCCUAACCGGGAGGAUCCGGGGAAGGCGCUCAGGGAUUGGGAUCUGUGGGGUCCCUUCUUCUUCAUCAUCUUUCUCGGGCUCGUUCUUUCUUGGUCGGCCUCGGUGAAAAAGGGAAAGGGAGCUGGGCCCUCUGCUGGUGUGAGCCAAGUUCUUGACAGAGCAAAAGUCGGAGGUGUUUGCUGUCGCAUUUGCAGUACUUGCAGCUGGUGCUAUAAUUCUGACGUUGAAUGUUUUGCUGCUGGGUGGGCACAUAAUCUUCUUUCAGAGUCUGAGUCUUCUGGGAUAUUGCCUGUUUCCUCUGGACGUUGGAGCUCUAAUCUGCUUGCUGGGAAUCAAUGUCAUCAUCAAGAUGAUGGUUGUGUUGGUUACAUUUUCGUGGAGUUCCUGGGCUGCGUACCCUUUCAUGAGCACAGCUGUGUCGCCGCGGCGAAAGGCCCUGGCCCUGUACCCGGUUUUCCUCAUGUAUAUAUCCGUUGGCUUUCUGAUUGUUGCCAUUGAUUGAGACCACAAGUUGCUGAUCGCUUCUUGGGGAGCCACACACUUUGUGCUCCUUGGUGUCCUCUCUUUGAUCAAAAUUUAGUCAUAUACAGGUGGUAAUUUUUGUCGUUGUGCAGUCUUACUGGGUGGAACAAGAAUCCCAAACAACAAAAGAGCGGGUGGAGGAGGGGAGUGCAUGCCUUCUAUCCCAGAAACUUGAGGCCCAAGUAUUCUACUGCCUUCGGCUUUUAGUUUCCUUUUCACUCUUCCUCCUAGAUCUCUAUAAAAAAGAAAAAUCACUAGACUAUUGCCUAAGUGUAUGCUCCUGGAUAAGUCUAGUCCAACUUGUAAUUUUAUGAUUUUAUUUAUUAUUCUGGUCUAAUCCAUAAAUCUCAGUUUGUAAUUUUAUAAUUUUAUUUGUUGUACUGGCCCAAUCUAUAAAUUUAAUAGGAUUUUCAUCCCAAUUACCUAACUCCAA